AUGGUACCAGGCUUCCUCGCCGUCUUUUCCGAACCAGGCAAUAACGUCUCUCUUGAAGAGUUCCAAGACUGGUACAACAACGAACACAUCCCCCUCCGCCUACACCACCUCCCCUCCUUCCUCACGGGCGCCCGCUUCUCCUCUUCCGACUCCAAAACACCGCGAUGGCUCGCAUUAUAUGACAUUACGUCCACAUCCGUCUUUUCCGAGGACUCUUACACAAGCCUACGCUCGUCUCGGAGUCAGCGCGAGGCGGAUUUAGUAGCGAGGUUGGAGGUGCUUGAUAGGAGGACGUGUGUCCUUCUUAAGGAUUCAGGGGAGAGUGGUGUGACGACGAGUUUGGGCGCGGAGAGGCCGACGCUUUUUUUGUGUACGCAUGGGUUGGAUUUGGAUGUGGGUGAGGAGGAUGAGGAGGCGAGGGGGUGGGCUGAGCGGAGUUUUGGGGAGCUUGGGAGGGAUGUGGAUGGAUGGGUUCGGACGAGGGUGUUCAAGGUUCUAGAUCAUCUAGUGGUUGGCAAUGGGACGGCGGGUGAGAAGGAGGAGUUCCCAUAUCUUGUUGUGCAUGGUACGUCCAGUAAUUCAGAGAGAGUUGUUGUUCGUUUUGUUGACCUGGGUGUAUGCGCAGAAUUCAUGUUCCCGGCUGUGUCUUUGAACACAACGUUCCGAGAGGUGGUGGACAAGCCGUUCGUGAGUGAACUUAGGGAGUGGGUGCUUUACAAGGCCUAUCCAUCCAUUGCCCAGGGGAAUCUGGGGGUCGAUGCAAAAUGA